CAACUACCUGAUCGAUACAGGAGCUCUGCAAACAAACAAGCUUUUCCAAAUACGGAUUUGUGUUUACCCUGAAAACAUAAGUUUGGUCUCACUGCUAAAAGAGGAAGAACUGAACUGAAGACUUCUGUCUCAAUCGAGAGCAGGAUGGAGAAGAUGAAGGACAGUAAGGGGAAGCAGGUGACAUGGUGCCUCAUGUUCUGUGUGUCCACGGCCGUCAUCGGCUCCUUGCAGUUUGGCUACAACACAGGCGUCAUCAAUGCACCCGAUGAGAAAGUGCAGAACUUCAUCAGAAACGUGACUCAGGAGCGCAGUGGAGAGCCAAUGGAUAAAUCCACAUUGACAACAGUGUGGAGUGUAACUGUUUCCAUUUUCAAUGUUGGCGGCAUGAUCGGGUCUCUUACUGUUGGCACUCUGGUUGACAAACUAGGGAGACGAAAAUGCAUGCUUCUGUCCAACAUCCUGGCUCUGAUUGGUGGAGGCCUGAUGGGUUUAUCCAGCAUGUGCACCUCUUACGAGUUGAUAAUAGUGGGCCGUCUGGUUAUUGGUGCCUUCUGUGGCCUGUGUACAGGAUUGACGCCCAUGUAUGUGGGUGAAAUUGCUCCAACGGCACUGCGAGGGGCUUUUGGUACCCUUCACCAGCUCGGGGUGGUCAUCGGCAUCCUAAUUGCACAGAUCUUAGGACUGGAGUUAUUGCUGGGGUCUCAGUAUUUGUGGCCAUUGUUAUUGGCUCUGACGGUGGUGCCCGCAGUGUUACAGUGCGUCAUGCUGAUCUUCUGCCCGGAGAGCCCUCGAUACCUGCUGAUCACUCUGAACCAGGAGGAGGAGGCACGCCAAGUGCUGACACGUCUUCGUGGGCAUUCAGAUGUGGAGGAUGACAUUCAUGAGAUGAAGGAAGAGGCCUUGAAGAUGUCCAUGGAGAAGAAGGUUUCUAUUCCAGAGCUGUUCCGUAACUCCGCUUACAGACAGCCCAUUAUUAUCGCCAUAAUCCUGCAGCUGUCCCAACAACUCUCUGGCAUCAACGCUGUAAUUUAUUACUCUACCAAGAUCUUCAGGUAUGCAGGUAUCACUGAGGCUGUCUAUGCCACCAUUGGAGUGGGUGCAGUCAACACUCUCUUCACUGUCAUCUCUCUCUUCCUGGUGGAGAGGGCAGGAAGAAGAACACUUCAUAUGGUUGGACUAGCUGGAAUGACUGUCUGUGCUCUGCUCAUGACCAUUUCUCUUGAACUUCUUAACCCUACAGGAGCAAAAGCAGGAAGUGGUGCUAAUACGACUGCCAUCCCCGAAUCUGUAUCUGCAGGGCAGGGAACUUCAGCAAUCAGUGUUCUGGCCAUUCUGGCAGUGUUCGGGUUUGUGGCCAGUUUUGAGAUGGGACCGGGACCAAUCCCAUGGUUCAUAGUGGCUGAGUUAUUCGCUCAAGGUCCACGCCCGGCAGCCAUCGCUGUGGCGGGAUGCUGCAACUGGACCGCCAGCUUUCUUGUCGGACUGCUUUUCCCAAAACUAUUGGACCUGUGUCAAGCAUACGUCUUUAUCAUAUUCCUCGUCCUCCUUAUCAUCUUCUUCAUGUUUACCUACUUCCGCGUUCCCGAGACCAAAGGCCGAACGUUUGAGGACAUUGCCAGUGGGUUUUCCAAUGCCGCAGGCUCCAAUGCCGCCAACUACACGUCCCCAGAGGGUGCCAUCACAAUGCCAGUAUCCCCAUCAUCAGAGAAGUUUCAGAUGACUGAAAUGGCUGGUCAGGAAAAAAGCUGAGCAAACUUAUAGGAAAAACCCUGUAACCCACACAAGAUUGACACCUUAAAUGAACAGAUGCAGCUAAAUAAUGGGCAUUAUUAUAAAGAAAUAGCUUGGCGCAUUUAUCAAGUAGAUCAGUGAGAUCAAGCACAUCAGUGUUUUCACAAAUAAAUCACAAUUUUACACUGCAAGUGUAACAGAUAGCAGCUGUUAAUAUAAUCACAUUUCUGUGGUCAAAUCACUGUGCUUUUUAUUAUUAUUAUUAUUAUUAUUAUUAUUGAGGUAGCUUCAAAAAC